AUGCACCCAUCCCACCGUGCACCCAUCCCACCAUGCACCCAUCCCACCGUGCACCCAUCCCACCAUGCACCCAUCCCACCGUGCACCCAUCCCACCAUGCACCCAUCCCACCGUGCACCCAUCCCACCAUGCACCCAUCCCACCGUGCACCCAUCCCACCAUGCACCCAUCCCACCAUGCACCCAUCCCACCAUGCACCCAUCCCACCAUGCACCCAUCCCCACCAUGCACCCAUCCCACCAUGCACCCAUCCCAUCAUGCACCCAUCCCAUAAUGCACCCAUCCCAUCAUGCACCCAUCCCACCAUGCACCCAUCCCACCAUGCACCCAUCCCACCAUGCACCCAUCCCACCAUGCACCCAUCCCACCAUGCACCCAUCCCACCAUGCACCCAUCCCCACCAUGCACCCAUCCCACCAUGCACCCAUCCCAUCAUGCACCCAUCCCAUCAUGCACCCAUCCCAUCAUGCACCCAUCCCACCAUGCACCCAUCCCACCAUGCACCCAUCCCAUCAUGCACCCAUCCCACCAUGCACCCAUCCCACCAUGCACCCAUCCCAUUAUGCAUGCACCAACGCAUGCGAUCUGAACAUAGCCAUCCAGCCGGUCAAUGCUGUUCACAAUCCCAUCACCUUGCCUCGAGGAGAGUGGGGGCAAGGGGCAAGGGAGAGUGGGGGCAAGGGGCAAGGGAGAGUGGGGGCAAGGGGCAAGGGAGAGUGGGGGCAAGGGGCAAGGGAGAGUGGGGGCAAGGGGCAAGGGAGAGUGGGGUUAGGGAGAGUGGGGGCAAGGGGCAAGGGAGAGUGGGGGCAAGGGGCAAGGGAGAGUGGGGGCAAGGGGCAAGGGAGAGUGGGGGCAAGGGGCAAGGGAGAGUGGGGGCAAGGGGCAAGGGAGAGUGGGGGCAAGGGGCAAGGGAGAGUGGGGUUAGGGAGAGUGGGGGCAAGGGGCAAGGGAGAGUGGGGGCAAGGGGCAAGGGAGAGUGGGGGCAAGGGGCAAGGGAGAGUGGGGGCAAGGGGUAAGGGAGAGUGGGGGCAAGGGGCAAGGGAGAGUGGGGGCAAGGGGCAAGGGAGAGUGGGGGCAAGGGGCAAGGGAGAGUGGGGGCAAGGGGCAAGGGAGAGUGGGGGCAAGGGGCAAGGGAGAGUGGGGUUAGGAAGAGUGGGGGCAAGGGGCAAGGGAGAGUGGGGGCAAGGGGCAAGGGAGAGUGGGGUUAGGGAGAGUGGGGGCAAGGGGCAAGGGAGAGUGGGGUUAGGGAGAGUGGGGGCAAGGGGCAAGGGAGAGUGGGGGCAAGGGGCAAGGGAGAGUGGGGUUAGGGAGAGUGGGGGCAAGGGAGCGUGGCAACAUACGGGGAAUCACGGCAUCAAAGAGGGUGGUGUUGGCAGAGCGUUGCAGGGCGAGAGAGAGGUUGUGAGUGGAACAGACAUGUAA